UGACCAAUAAGAUUGAUGUGUGUUGACUUGUAUAACAUCCUUAAUGUGUUUAGAGUGUCUAGUAGCUUUGCAAUCGUUCUUAGAUUAUCAUUGACCGCAUUUCUUCCUCUAAACCUAGAAGGAUUGCGGGGGAGGGGUAACAUGUAGGGACUUGCUUCGUCAUUGCACUGCGCUUACGCAACAUAAUAAUUUUCACACACCGCAGUACUACAGAUUUACAGCUUUUUUAAACCGUUUUCAUUCUAAAAACCCAGCUGCUAGUCGCAACAUGAACACAACAUCUAUUUUUAGCCCCCUGUUUUCACUGUGUCAUCAUGAUAUUUAUGACACGCCAUCGGAUGAUGUCAGAAAUGGAACGCGUAUUUUUCUACUGCGUCAUGGAAUCAGAACCUGGAAUGUCGCUUCCUUUUUUAUUUUGGAAAAUGCUACGUGCCAGGCUAGGCGUGCUGUGGUAUGAGGACGAUAGUGUUUUGAGACCACAGAUAGUGAUUUAACUGACGGUCUAGCAUAGUAGCAGCUUUUCCACCACUUAAAUCAGAAGAUACCAUCCCAGUAUAGAUGUUUAUCCAAAAGCUGCCUGGAUGUAAUAAUGGAACAUGAUGCAAAAAUGCCACCAAGCAAAAUCAAACCAGUUUUUGCAUCCAGCAAUUCCUUCACCGGAGACGAUGGCAAAAAUACGGCACAAGAUGACAUGGGAGAAUCAGAUGUUGGUAGAAGUCAGACCGUGCUGAGUGGUGAACAUUCUGUAGCAGAUUCUUCAACGAUUACUGGUUGCAAUGACUCAGCUAGUCAGGGUAUAAACGGUUGGGAGAAUGACAACACAUCAGAUGAGAUGAAGAGGAAGAGAGCAGCAGAUGACUGGAAAGAAAGAAACCUGGGAGAGAAAGAGGAUGGCAAAAAGUUUGUUGAAGAAUCGUGGCCGGCAUCGCAGGAAAGUACAGACCAACACGAUGGAACAAACUGCAGCACACCAGGUCAGACACAUGUUGAAGUUUUCUGCAGUGAAGAGGACACCAGAAGACUUAGGAAGGAUGGAACUGUACAGAGUGUUUUGGCCCAAUCUCAGCAAGAAAUUUGCCAGGACAGCCCAGAAAUGGAGAGGCAUGAGGAUGACAACAAGCUGGUUAUUUCAAAUUGCCAUCCAAUACCAGUCAUACAGCCAGGGUUUGCAUCCAGAACAACAGACAAUGAGUCAUAUCAGUCUACACAGGGUGGAUUUUUCUCUACCGUACAGAACAAUGUCAACAUACCUGUAAGGUUGGAGUGCAGUGAUUCACAUUUGACUGACAGGAAUGAAGUGCAAAAUGUAUCACAUGAAGAAGACAACUACUCUGCUAUCCCUUUGGUCACCUCCAGAGAAGCAAAUAGUCAAGGGCUGGGACUUGUGACAAACCCUCCGCCAUCCACUGUGUAUGACUAUGCAUUCCUAAACUUGAUCAACGAAGGAACGUACGGUGUGGUGUACAAAGCCAUGCACAAGAAAACGGGGAAUGUGGUUGCGAUCAAAAUGCUGAAGAGUGAAAACCAGCCGCAAGGUGUCUCUUCUACUGGUCUACGAGAAGUUAACAUCAUGUUGAAGGCUAGACACAUCAAUGUUAUAUCCUUACGGGAAGUGGUGUAUGGUAACAACGCUGACAAAGUUUACCUAGUGAUGGAGUACGCUGAAACAGACUUGAAGCAACUGAUGUAUAACAUGCAGCGGCCAUUUUCUGUCAGCGAAACAAAAUGUCUGCUGGUGCAGCUUCUGUACGCAGUCCAGUAUCUCCACAACAACGCCAUCCUACACCGAGACAUCAAGACAGAAAAUCUUCUUGUCAAUUUCAACGGAAUUCUCAAGGUCACAGACUUUGGCUUGGCAAGGACGUUUAGGAAGGGAGACAAGCACCUGUCCCCGGUGGUUGUGACGUUGUGGUACCGUGCACCUGAACUCCUCCUGGGAAGUGAGACGUACUCCACCCCAGUCGACCUUUGGUCGGUCGGGUGUGUUUUUGCCGAGCUGCUGAUUGGGAAACCAUUUUGGGAUGGUGAAUCCGAGAUCGACCAACUUCACCAGAUAUUCUCCGACCUCGGCACGCCGAGCGAGAAGAUAUGGCCAGGGUACACCCGGCUCCCUUUCUUAAAAACAUGCAUUCUGCCGGAAUUUCCCUACAACAGGCUGAGACGACGGUUAGGAUGGACACUGACAGAGCUGGGCUUACAUCUGCUGAACUGGUUCCUGACAUACAGUCCCGCACGGCGUGUAACGGCCGUACAGGCGCUACAACACUGGUAUUUCCAGGAGGUCCCCAUUCCUGUGGACCCACAGUUUUUGGCAGGACAGGUUUUUAGGACUCCAGUUGUGUAUCAACAGUGCUUUGCACAAGGAUCAGGAGAGCCACAGCCUACUAUGGUGUAUAGUCACCCUGCUAAUAUCAGCUAUGCUCAUGGCUGAUUUGUUGCUAACAAUUGCAAAAUUUUUGAAACUCAAACAAACAUCAAAUCCAACUUUUUCUCGAAAUUGUUUUACUGUGGAGGUGUACAUGUAUGUUGACUGUUAUUUAUUGUAUCAUAUCGGUAAUUUUGUGAGCAUUAAUUAAUUCAUAUGUGUGAGAGCAGAAAUUUCAUAAGGACAGAAUUUGAUUGUACUGAAGAGAUUCAAGCCAAGAUAUAGACUGGAACUAUAUUUAAAAUGUUUUUAUAUACCAAUGUUGUAGUCACUCUGUACAACAUGUUAUUUCAGUAGAAUAGAUUUACCGGAGCCACAGAAAAAAACAACUAGCAGACAUCU